AUGAUUGCCGGCGACUUUGUGAAGGACUUGGGGGCGUUGGUGAUGGUGACGCUUCUCCUUCCGCUCGCCAUGUAUGGCAUGAGAGGAACAUCAACGAUGAAGACAAGGCUGGCAGCAGCCCUUUCAAUAAUUAUUCUCCUUGGCCUUUUCACGAUGGUGUCCAUGAGUUUAAUGUAUGCGAGCACACACAGAAUUGACUACUCCGCAGCAGUCCACCUGGCUGCAGAACGUGAUGAAGAAUCAAUUUGCGAAGAACGACUGGCGCCGAGCAAAGAGGGCCCUAUUGUGUCCGGAAAGAAUCACACCAUGAUCAACAUUGCGGGGCCAAUGACUGGUCUUGGCUGGUGGCGAGAAAUCCUUCGGGCGUUCUCAAAUGACGAGAGUUUAGUGUUCGGAGAGGGCGGUUCAGAUUCAUUGGACUGCUCGUUUGAUGUGUUCCAGGUAGAGAAGUAUGAUGACGAAGAUUUGAUUAAACUUCCAAGGCCGUACAAAGGAACACUCAUUGUACGCGAUCCAAGGUCCAUCAUCCUUGAGCAAUGGCUUCUGGGUCAACUGGAGUGCAGAUCGCCUGGCCGUUUCCACGAAGGAGUUGGUUCGGCAAAAUCAAAAGUCAUCCAAUCUCAGAGGAUCUGCAGACUGACUAAGGAGGCAGGCAUAAACUAUUAUGAGGAUCUUUGGAGCGAGAGGUCUCUUAGUCUAACCAAUCUGGGGCUUUGGUAUGGGCUUCAGGGGCCCCAGUUGGAACGUUUCAUUAGCACUGCUAGGAUCUGGACUAUUGAGUACAGCUCGUUGAUGCAUGUCUCGGGCAUGCACCAAGUGCGCAAGCAAGAUUCAUGGAAAGAGCACUUUACUCCGCUGAAUGUGAAGUUAUUCGAGAACCAUUUUGGCAAACUUGCCAAGAAACUUGGAUAUUGA